AUGUCAUCUUUAUCGCAAACUAACUUUCUUUUGCCUGGCAGACAAACAUUAAUUUUGGUGAGAAGAAUGAAUUCAUCACAUGGUCACAAACAUAGCGACCCCCCUCAUUUUGCCUACAAAGGUAAGGGUUUGCCUAGACCAACGAGCCUGGAUUUGAAUAGCUUCGUCCACAUGCACAAUCGCCAGGUACAAGUCGGUAUUACUGAGCCCCCAAGAGCAUCAACCGUGCCGCUUUACCGCUCAACUGUAAAUGUGGAGGCUAGGAAUAUCGAAUUCAUGGAGCAACUGCAACAAUUGUAUAAUAGAGUGCUGACUGCUGAUUGGCACGAUCAAGUUUCACAAGCUCAAAAUGUGAUGAUUUGGGAAGGCGCUCUAUAUCGUCUAAAGCGUAGAACUGGCAGCUGUCCCGAUUUACAUGUACAGCUGAUGCUAUCAAAAGUACUGGAACUAUUUGACGUAAUGUAUCAGGCAGAAGAUGUGGCGGACCAUGUAUACCAAUUGUCAGAAGAGUUAAAUAGGGGGAGUAUAUUGGAUGAUCAAAUUCAAGAUCAUAUGGAUGCUGUACUGGCACAAUAUAAUUACUUAAUGAAGACUUAUCCUGAUUACGCACUUAAAAUACAGACAACUGUGGGUCAGGCUAUAGCUUCUAUUAGACAGAAGAUUGUCUUUGAUUGCCCCCAAGAGUUCACCAAUGUUUACUAA